CAGCCGUCUGUCUGGCACAGAUGUGUGUUGAUGUGCUUCCAGCUGUUUGUGGGGAUUCAUGAUGUCUGGACUUACGGUCUGGUCUGGACUGGACUAGAGGAUCCUCCCUACAGCCUGUGAGAUCAUCUCACUUUUAAUUAGACCGGAUUUGCCAAUUAACGGGAAGUCAGCCGGUCCCUCUCAGCCUUUUAAAAGCAGCCGUGUCCAAACGUCUGGCAGAAUUCUGACAGAGGCUGAAACAAGAUGAGCAGAAGGAUGUCUUCCACUGUACUUUGUGCUGUUAUUUUGCUGGCGUAUGUCUUGACAUUAAGUGCUGCUCAGGCGAGCUGUAAAGGUCGAUGCGGUGCUGAGUACUACAGGGGUAACACAUGCCAGUGUGAUUACAACUGCCUGUCUUAUGAAGAGUGCUGCAGAGACUUUGAAUCCCAAUGCACCACAAAAAACUCCUGUAAAGGACGGUGUGGAGAAAGCUUCAAAAGAGGCCGACUGUGUAGCUGCGACUCUGACUGCGUUAAGUACAAUCAGUGUUGUCCAGAUCACAAGAUCCACUGUGAUGCAGAAGAUGAAAUCAGUGGAACAGCCAGUGAAACUGCACCAGUGAAGACUAAUUCAUGCCAUAAUGUAAAUGAUAACAAGCCCAAAGAGCCAACUGUGAAUGGAGCAACUGAACCUUCUACAUUCAGCGAGGGAAAUAGUGCAGAUGACCCUUCGAUUCCACUGGUCAGUCCAACAUCAUAUCCCAAAGAUGAUCUCACUGAUGAUGUGUACAGCCAGACUUUUCCCAGUGAAUUGGACCUAUUGGACCCAGAGACAAGUCCGAUCCCAGAGAGCACCAGUGGCUAUGGAUUGUCUACAGUUGACCUGUUGGAUCAGAUUUCUAUUGAACCCACCCAGGAUCCAGACACUCUGGAGCUAAGUACAGAGACGUUUACAGUCUUCUCUGAGACACAGACGACCCUCUCAGAUAAUGAACCAACACAGGCCGAUAACAGCCCCUCCACCCUCCACCCUAUCACUGAAGGAGCCCCCACGGAGAGCACAGGUGCCAGUGAUGCUACCAGCUCAUCCGAUACAGGAACAGCUCUCCCUGAGUCCACAACAGCAGCUGACCAUGACUCCAGCCAGCCUAAUCCAACCUCAGUACCCCAGACUGAGUAUUCUCCUACAGCUAACACCCCCGAGCUGGAGACAGUGGGACAGGCAGAGGCAAAGCCUGAGGAAGAGAUUUUGCCUGAGGAUCCGACAGUAGCCUCCUUAAAUGACCCAGAAGUCUCAACCCUGCACUCCAGCACAGCCUCCGCAACCCCUGUGGCUCCAGUAUCCACAGGACCCACACAAGGCUCCUCAACAAUGCUGGAAACAACACCCACCUCAGAGGCAACCACUCCAGUCCUGGCAGCCUCUGAAGAUCCUUCCACCAGUGUUUCUCCAGCAGGGCCCAGGGGCAUGCCAGAGCUUGAUGCCCUGACAACCAGUGCUCCCUCAUCCACAGAUGCAGUGCAGGAUAACACAGCAGCUGAUGUUACACAAGAAGUCGCCACUGCUGAACCGCUAAAUGUCACCCCAGACUCGACUAAAUCUACAACAUCUGAGGCCACCUCAAAACCCCAGAAGAAACCUGACUCAUACAAGCCAAUGCCGGCUAAGCCAAUGCCAGCUAAGCCAACUCCAGCUAAACCCAGCUCCUUCAAACCUGAGACUAAACCUCUGGACGCCACACAAUCUCUUAGUACAGACGAUCCUAGAAAUUACCAAGCAGACGACAGCAACGAUACAAAUCUGUGUAGUGGGCGGCCGGUCAGUGGAGUCACUACGCUGGGGAACGGCACAAUGGUGGUUUUCAGAGGGCACUACUUCUGGAUUCUGGACAGAAACAUGGUGCCUGGUCCGGCUCGUGGCAUCACCCAGAUGUGGGGUGUCCCCUCUCCAAUCGACACUGUGUUUACCCGCUGCAACUGCCAAGGCAAAACAUACAUCUUCAGGGGAUCCCAGUACUGGAGGUUUGAAAAUGACGUGUUGGACCCUAACUAUCCAAAGGUCAUUGAAACUGGGUUUGAUGGGCUUCGGGGCCACAUUACAGCUGCUCUGUCUGUGCCUCAGUACCAGACAAGGAGGGAGUCAGUUUACUUCUUCAAGAGAGGGGGGGCUGUCCAGAAAUAUUCAUACCAGUUUGGCACCAGUCCAUCAUGUAGCAGUGGCAGGAGAGUCCAGAACGCCGUUUACACAGCCCGCAAACGAAUGGUUCGACAAGCAGUGUCUCUUCUAGGGCCAACCAUCAACAUCAGGACAUCUUGGAGAGGUUUCCCUUCCACCAUUACAGCUGCUGUGUCCGUCCCCAACAAGAGGGAACCAGAGGGAUACAAAUACUAUGUCUUCUCAAGAUCCAAAUCCUACAAUGUGAGGAUGGAUGGUGAACGUCCCGUCAUUCCUGCUCCGACAGCCAACGCGUCACCUCAGAGCAACAACUUCUUCAAAUGCCCCAACAAAGUCUGAUGAAAGUUGUGUCUCAUAAACAACGUAUUUUUCGUAUAGUUUUUAAGUUUAUUACAUUCUUCAUAAAAACACACCGCUUCAGCAUGGACUGAUUACAAAAAGGUACUUUACAAGUACAAUUAAAAAAAAGCCAAACUAAAAUAAAAACAACAGGCUUCAGAACAAGUGAACAUUAACAAGGCUGAAUGCAGAAAUUUAACUUGCUGAUUGGAAAAUGUGUAAUGUGUUUCUGGCGGGACUGACAAGAUCUCCGGUUGCUGCUGUCCAGUUUAGUGCUUCAUCGGGCGAAUCUUCUCCCAUGCACACCCCGAGAAGGAAAUCCCUGACCUGUUGAGACAUUAAAUAUUUGUUCAAACAAAGCCUGGUAUACUGGUGUAAAAAUUAUGUACAGUGGCUGUAUAAAAUGUGUCUGACAUGUUUAAGACUGUAAUAACGUUUCCUCUGUUAUUCUCAUCGACAUUAAACUGGAUUACAAUACACCCACAUGUAUUUACUGCCAUGACUGGUUAUUAAAUGAAACAAAUGCUUUGCCGGGAUUUGUGUGCACAUCAUGACUGUUCGGCAGUGAUUGUGAGCAUAUAUACAUGCUGUAUGUAGCUGCCAAAAAACAUGAUGCACUGCAAUUAAUGUGCAUUAUGAGUAAUAGAAUAAAGAGACAUUAAAACCAGUAUAUGUUGAUUUAGUGAGGUUUUUCAGGCAUGCAACAACUUGCAAAAAAUGUAUCAUUUAAGAACAAGAAAAUCAUAUUUCAUUAUUCAAAACUGUUUUUAUAACAAGUGGGAAACAUCUACAUACAGAUGGAACUCUUUUAGGUCUGAUUUACAAUAAAUAUAGCUGUAACCUUUCAGAACUAUGUGUGGAAGCCUGAUGUUUAUUGGAAUCACACAUUGCAAAACGCUCAAGAAGAGUCCCUGACUGGACUGGAACUAUGGACGUUGUGGUUUGUGGUCAGCGCCCUGAUCCCCUGUGCCUCCUGAGCAUCCCACAUUCUGCUAAUUUCAAUAUGAAAAUAGAAACACUGUGUAAAACACUGCAUUAAAUAAGACUAGUGUUAUACGACAAGCUGAUCAACACUUCUUGACACCAAAGUAUGGAGAGCAUCUUCGACCGCACAGUUGUUCUGUUUUUUCCCGUUAAAGAGGGGUUUUUCGGGAGUUUUUCCUUGUCCACUGUGAGGGUCCAAGGACAGAGGGAUGUUGUGUGCUGCAAAGCCCUCAGAGGCAAACUGUGAUUUGUGAUAUUGGGCUUUAUAAUAAAAACUGAAUUGAAAUUGAAACUGUGGUGGUUGCGCUCUUAAAGAAACCUAAGUGUGCUGAACGCAUUAUUUUAUCAGGAAGAAACAGGACAUUACUCUGUGGGAGCAGCUUUUUUCUCUGUUGUUGAUGUUUUUCUUUUUAUUUUGUUUCCUUUUUUAUUGCCUAUGAUCAAUCAUGAUUCUCUUCUAAUCCACUGGUUUGGGCAUCAUUUUGUUCAACUACUCCUGAUGUCAGUCACAAUAACUUGUCAUGAGCAAAUGUUUGUAAUCCAUUUAUGUGGCGUAGGAGAGAUUUUAAUGCUUUUUAUAAAUGUUUUAUUAUUCCGCUCAGCUCUAGCAUCUUGAAAACGCGGCAUGGACUAAAUGAGCACAAAGCCACCGUAGGCUUGGAACAGUUACCCGCUCAUGAUGAUACAAUAUUAGCUCCAU